CCCUCCACGGCUGCCUUCAGCCCCGCAGCGGCGCUGGCAGCGGGGAAACUCCGCUUCGCCGCAGGAGGACCCACACCUCCCGCCCGAGGCGCGUCGGCUCGGGAACGCGCGUGAAACGCAGCGUCCUUUCCCGAAAUAGGCAUUAAAGCGCGGCCCGCUGCCAGCGCCGGGAGACGGAGGCUCCUGCCCUUCGAAUCGAUGUGGCAGAAUUUCAGUUCCGUGCCCCCUCCGCCCAAAAUAAUGCCUGAAAUGCUAGCAACGGUAGUUUGAAAUUUGAGUGUUACUGUUACAAGCUGGCAGUCUUUUUACAUGGCUGCCCAGCAGUGUUUUGCAGUGCAGGGUAAUUUAUUCGCGGGUAUUUUUGUCAGCAAAGGAGUAAAUUGAUUCAUUUUUCUUUUAAUCUGAACGCCUAACGCAGCAGUACCGUUUGCAACAUUAUCAAUAGUAAGAGCUGCAUAAUCGGGUGCUUAAUUUUUUUACUGUCAAAAAUAUUAACUGUGGAAGAAUGACAUUUUAAAUAUUGGUAUUUUAGUAAAAGGGUGUAUUUCUUUCCCCAUACCCUUUUGGGACUGUGCACGUAUUUAUUCCUAUGUCUGCUUUAAUUACUUUCCAAACCAUAUCCCUAUAAAUCAUUGUACUUCUCAAUUCAGGUUUUUUUUUUUUUUUCUGAAAUAGAAAGCUCUUUUUUUUGCCUAUGCAAGCUCUGUUAAUAUUUGGUCCUUUUAGAAACCUCUAAUUUACAUCUACAGUUCACUCUUCUGAAAACUCUUCUGUAUUCUUUCCUCUAAUUUAUCUUAACUGUCUUUUUCUUUUCUCCUAGUUCUCCUUGGGAUAUUCUACCAUCUCUAGCAGUGUGUACAUAGUGAUUCAUCUUUAGAAAAUAGAAAAGACACCAGCUGUAGAUAUAGGUUACCGUCCUAUUCCAACAGACUCUUACCUGGGAGGGAAUUCACCCUUGCCACCUCCUGUAAGUGACAGGAUGAGAAAGAGACGGGCUUUUGCUGAUAAAGAGUUGGAGAACAUUAUGCUAGAGAGAGAGUAUAAAGAGAGAGAGAUGAUGGAAGCUACACAAGCAGCUGCCCUUUUUCUCCCUAACCGUAUGGUGCGUGGAGCUGAAUACAAUUCAUAUAAAACAGCCUUCAACACUUCUCAAAUUGAUAAUCCAAACAAGGAAUUUUCCAAUUUUUUACCAACCUGCCUUGAUCUAACGAUGCAGUAUUCAGGACCUAGCAACAUGGAACUAAUUUCUUCGAAUGUCAGUGUAGCUACUACCUACAGGCAGUAUCCCCUGUCUUCUAGGUUCUUAGUGUGGCCAAAAUGUGGCCCCAUUAACGAUGCUCUCCUCUACCAGCAAUGCCUGUUAAAUGCUACUGCUGUACAAGCUCUCAAACCCGGGGCAGGUUGGGAUGCCAAGGUCUCACAAAGUCAGGACUGUCCAAACACUGAGCACGAUAUCAUGCCUCCAAAACUGGAAAAUUCAUUUGUUCUGACUCACACACGAGACAUUCAGCAGUCACGUAAUGAGAUACUGUGCCUUCACCAGGAAGCUCGUGAGAGGUCAGCUUUCUCUCCUCCAAAAAGGACUUUCUCCCAAAUUUCUGAUAAGGGUUCUCUGUCUCCUCAGGAACAGGCAUUAAGCAAGAUCAGCAAAAACAGUACCAAACCCGCUCCACCACUCAAGUACAGUGCAUUUCAGACACUGUUCCAUCAGACAUUUCCUGACACUCCAACAGCAGAGUUAAGAAUGUCAUUUGUGAAGGAGACUUUUGAAGAUGCUUCUAAGAAAUACAGAGAGUGUGCUGUUAAAGAGAACCAAAAAUACAAGUUUACUGCAGACAAAUGUGCAAAAGACUUCUUUGGGGUCAAACAGGCCACAACAAAAUUUUCAACAACCGAGCCACUGUCAUUUUCAGUUGAAUCCAUCCUUAAACGACCUUCUUCUGCAGUUACUAAUGUCUCUGAAUGAAUAAACUUCCAGAGUAGAGAGUUUCUAAGCUUUGCUUUCUGCAGAAUUGCUCCUGCUUGCCUUAUCUCUUAAAAGAUUUUAAAAGAGGAAUUUCUGCAAUAAAUGGUAAUGCUUUCUUUUGUUUCAAAGUGAUGUACAUAACUAUGCAUGUUUUCUGAAAAACAAAUCUAAUUUUUUUAAAUUGAAACUGCAUGUGCAGACUGUAAAGUGUUGUUAUUUUAAGCAGCACU